GAAAUCGAGAGGUUCUGCUAAUGCUAUGAUUGUGAUAUUAUGGGGAAUUGGCAUUAGUUUGUGACUCCAGCCAGGCACAAGGCCCAGUGUAUUCAUUACAGUCAUGAUGACAUAGGCAGGUCAGAGCUAUCGACGAAGUGGACUCAAGCGGCCAUUAUCGGCUUCGUUUGCUGUUUUCACCAAAACAACACUGCCAGGGUCAGUGAGCUGAGUAACUAGUUACUUGGCCUGGCUUCAGCACUCCCACUGUGACUAGUGAGUAGUAUCCUUCUUGAAUCUUCAUUCUUCACGGUCUUCGAAUACACACGGCUACGGAGUGUGGAAAAUCCGGUUCUCUAGAACUCCGGAUUUCGGAUCCACAAUGAAUCAAGCUCAAGCAGCUAGCAGAUCUGUAGCGGAACAGGCAGUGAAGCUAAAGCUCUUUUCGGCAUGGUUCUGCCCGUUCGCCCAGCGCACGUGGAUAGGCCUGCUGCACAAGGAGGUGCCUUUUGAUUACGUCGAGGUGGAUCCUUACGCAAAACCAAAGGAGCUAUUGGCAGUGAGCCCGGAGGGUCUUGUGCCUGCGUUGGUGGAUGCGGACGGGCGGAGUGUGCACGAGUCAUUAAUUACACUAGAGUUCCUGGAGGAUGCAUUUCCGAACUUGGGCAAACCCAUACUGCCUGCAGAUCCUAUCACCAGGGCGCAAGCGCGUAUCUGGUCUGACUUUUGUCAGAAGAAGAUCAUUCCCACGUUCUACCGCAUGCUGCAGAAGCGGGACGAGGUGGAGCGAGAAACGGCACGGCGCGAUAUGCUAGACAGUGUGCGCACACUCACGAAGGCCAUGGAGCGCCUCUCCGAUCAGGGCCCUUUCUUCAUGGGCGAAGACUUUGGCCUGGUCGAUAUUGUUGUAUCGCCCUGGGUGGAGCGUUUCUACAUCCUGAAGCACCACAGAGGAUUCCAAGUGCCUGGCAGCAUCAACGACAAGGAUGGCGAGUUCUAUCGUUUUCACAAGUGGUGGAAAGCAGUGCAGGGGGUCCCAGCAUUCAAGGGUACGACCUGCGACCGUGAAAAGCUACUGGCAACGUAUCAGCGCUAUGCCGACGACACUGCAACGUCAAUGGUUGCGGUGGCGAUGAGAACUGGCAGACCGCUGCCGUAGCGACUGGAUGCAAGAUGGCGAACAUGCGUCAUGAGCAGAAAUGUGCGCGUAUUCUGUGGCUUGAGUUCAUCACGAUCGGAUGCAUAGAAUAUACUCAGCGUUGCUCAUCUUGAAAGUAACUUACUGAAGUAUGACUUCAACAUCCACUCCUUUUUCAACGACAUCGUUUUAUAAGCACAGAGUCAGGACAUCAAUGUUGAACUCCUUCUGCAAAAGUGUUGCCCCAUAGGCACAGCGAUGUCUUUUAUUUAUUUGUUUGUAGGCCCAGAAUGAUUUAGAAUGCCGCAGAAACACUCCCCAUCAAUCCCUGCUUCAGGCAUGCACUUCAUCAAUUCUUUGUAUUCUUGCAUUGAUAACGUCUCUCCCUUGCUUCUA